AGCCGGCGCCAGGGAGAAUCCGCGCCUGAGCUGCCGGUCGGAUGUGCGUAUACUGUUGAACCGCCAGCGGUCGGUAAAGUGUCAAUAAUCGAGGAAUCAUCGCUACUAACGAACAAAUUAUUUCUGUUGCAGUACACCAACUGGGAGGACCCGUACAAUGGCUACAUCUACCAGAAUAUGGUGGCGGACGUGGUGGGCGACUACUUCUUCAUCUGUCCGUCGAUCCACUUUGCCCAACUGUUUGCGGAGCGCGGCAUGAAGGUCUACUAUUACUUCUUCACUCAAAGGACCAGCACCAACCUAUGGGGUGAGUGGAUGGGAGUGAUGCACGGCGACGAGGUGGAGUACGUGUUCGGCCAUCCUCUCAACUUGACCCUCGAGUACACGGAAAAGGAACGAGACCUGUCCUUGAGGAUGAUACUCUACUUCUCCAAGUUUGCCUAUUCGGGGAAACCGACUGAUGAGGAAGCCGACUGGCCGCCAUAUUCGAGGGACCGGCCGCAGUACUACAUCUUAAACGCGCAGGAGAACGGCCUUGGAAAAGGACCACACACCACGUAUUGUGCUUUUUGGAACGACUUUCUACCAAAGCUGAAGGGAGUGCCAGAUGUAACUCCGAAAGCCUGUAACAGCGCGAUAGCUUCGAGCGUGUCGGCAGGUGCGGAGGAUCUAGGCAACUCCCUGGCGAUCACGGCGCUGUCGUCGAUUCUGGUACUGUCGAGAGUCAUUUAAAGACAAUGCAAGGGGGACCGUUUAUCGAUCGACAGCCUUCUGAAAGCCAGCAAUCCGGGGUUCAAACAGUUGCACAGGUAUUAGGGCUUCGUUCACGGUCCAGGAUCUCGUUAGUGGUUAACACCCUGCUAAUCGUUUGGGUAGAUCAAUGGGUCCCGGCUUACCCAUUGCCGUCGAACGACCACUUUUCUCCCUCCCAUAGACAAAACACGAAAAAAAAAAUAUAUAUAUAUAUCUAUACAUCGAGGAAGAGAGAGAGGAAGAAGAA